AUGACAGACUCUGAUCAGACGUCUUCAGAGGGAAUCACAGGAGCGGGCCCUCUCGACUGCGGCGCGCUCGGGACUCCGUCUCGCGAACCCUGCCUGUUCCAAGGCGACAGCAUGCUUUCCGUUGAUUUCUCGAACCCGCUGUCGGGAGCGGCUCGCUCCGAGAGGAUCCGGCAGCUGUCGCACAACCAUCCCGCGUUUGAGAAGUCGCGCGUGACGCAGGAAAUCCUCGUCAAGAUCCAGCAGUCGCUUCGACGCAUGCCGGGCGUGUCCUCGGCCGAAUCCAGCGAGGCCAUCGCGCAGCUGCAGGAGGUCGGGCAGAUUGUCAACCAAGAGACGUGCCAGCUCGUGGACGCCCUGACCAACAUCACGCUCGACCAGGAGGACACGGACAAGGCCAUUGCUCGGAUGGGGCUCGAGGCCAGCCUCGCCAAGGCCACCAUUGAGGACCAGGCGCAGACGAUUCGGGACCUGCGCGGCGAGCUGAGCGCCGAGGCCAAGAAGCGCCAGGAGGCCGAGAGCCACGUGGAAAAGGCCGUGAAUGAGCUGCACGAGCUGACGGGCAGCUUCAAGGACCUCAAGGACAAGGCCGAUCGGAGCGAGGGGAGCGAGGCUGGCCGCGGGCCGGACCCGAGGGACGCAAUCAUCAAGGGCCUGGAAGAUGGCAUCCGCCACUUGGAAGACCAGGUCAACAACCGCCGUUCCCUCUGGGUCAUGAAGCAUUCCGACCCGCAGUCGGUUGCCCGAGCCAUUGAGACGCUGGCCGACUCGAUACAGAACAACGAGACGGCCCACCAGACCAUCAUGUCCAUGAAGCCCGCGUUCAUGCGCGGCGGCAGCGGCAGCGGCAGCAGGCUGCAGGUCGACGACGACACCGCCGCUCGCGCCGGCUACGCAGACCCGGCUCCUCCCGCCCGGCCGCCCAGCGUCUUCCAGCCCUUCCACCGACCGACGACCGCGGCGCCCCCCAAGUUCGGCCCCCUCCAAGCCGGGCCGCCGCGGGCGCCGUCGGCCUUUUCCCAGGAACGCCGGUACCCGACGUCGAUCUGGAACCCGGCGCAGAACCCGUUCCACACGCCGGGUGCGCCGCCGCCGUCGUCCUUUGGCCGCCCUCCCGCCGCGCGCAAGACGCACCGGUACCGCGCGAGCAACGCCGCCGCCGCCGCCGCCGCCGAGGCGCACGGCGGCAUCCCCGAGAGCACGCCCAACCGGCCCGGCACGGCGCUGGGCCACCGCCACUACUACCCGGAGUGCGUUCCGCAGACCCCCACGUCCGGGCGCGGGCGCUGCGGCCGCUUCCCCGGCGACGGCGGCGGCAGCGGCAGCAACCCGUCGUCCGGGACGAGCACCACCCUCGUCGGCAGGAGCGCGCUGCUGCCCGGGCCGCUGAUCCACAUGACGGAGCGGUCCGUGGCGGCGUGGAACGAGUCCAUCAUGGAGUUUUACGCGCUGAUCCGGGCGUUUGUCGAGCGGCACGCCAGCGUCCCCGACCCGGCCAUGGCGCUGCGCAUCUCGACGACGCACCUGUGGCCGGUGCUGCUGGCCACGUACCACCCGCUGUCGGCGCGCGAGGCCACGUCCUACCUGGACCUGCACCUGCGCGACGACAACCCCAAGUGCUGCCUGGUGACGCGCGUCAUCAUCGACUACAUUGUCAACCGGGUAUGGGUCCCGCACGCCUGGACGGGGUCGUCGGACGCCCAGGCGACCUACGCGCUGAUGGACCUGGAAAAGGAGCUGGAAAAGACCCAGGGCCAACCGUCGGCCCAGCGCCAGCCGCUCCUCGACAAGCAGGCCCUGUACAUCGACGCCAUCCUCAAGACCGAGCCGCCGGCCUUCCACGCCUCGCGCGUGCAGGACAUGACGGCCGCCAUGCUGGCCACCAUCCAGCCCCUGCUGAACCGGCUGCACAACCCGGCCGACGCCCACCGCGACAUGGAGCUGGUCGCCGACCACGCGUGGGAGCUGUCCUCGCGCAUCCUGACCAGCCGCCUCACCUUUGACUUUCGCUUCCCCGAGGUGGGCUCGCGCUUCUCGUCGCAGAGCAUGCUGCCCAUCUGGCCGGCCCUGGACCCGACCGAGCUGCAGGCCAAGCACUGGCGCGUGGCGCUCGUCACCACCCCCGUCAUCACGUGCCGCAACGACACGGGCAGCAACAUAUCGGCGCAUUCGGUCGCCCUGGCCGACGUGUACUGCAUGCAGUAG